CGCGGCUCGUCGCCGCCGGGCUGCCAGGCACGGCUCGGCUCGGCGCGGCUCGGCGCAGCCCGGCUCGGCUCGGCGCAGCCCGGCACCGCCCGCCGAGCCCCCCGCCUGCCUCCCGCCCACCCCCGCGCCGCCAUGGACGGGGGCGCCUUCGGAGCGGGGAAAGCCGGCGGCGCCUUCGACCCGCAGGCCUUCAUCCGGCAGCCGCAGACCAUCCUGCGGUUCGUCUCCUGGGUGUUCUCUAUCGUGGUGUUCGGCUCCAUUGUCAAUGAAGGGUACGUGAACCGCAUGGAUGAGGUAGAAGAGCACUGCAUUUUCAACCGCAAUCACAAUGCCUGCAACUAUGGCAUUACCGUGGGUGUCCUCGCCUUCCUCAGCUGCCUUCUUUACCUGGCUCUGGAUGCCUACUUCCCGCAGAUCAGCAGCGUCAAGGACCGCAAGAAGGCAGUGCUCUCGGACAUCGGAGUCUCGGCCUUUUGGGCAUUCCUCUGGUUCGUUGGCUUCUGCUUUCUAACCAACCAGUGGCAAGCUUCAAAACCAGAGGACAACCCACUGAAUGAGGGAGGAGAUGCAGCCCGAGCAGCCAUCACAUUCUCAUUCUUCUCCAUCUUUACCUGGGUGGGCCAGGCAUUCCUGGCGUAUCAGCGUUUCCAGCUGGGUGCCGAUUCGGCCCUCUUCUCCCAGGACUACAUGGACCCAAGCCAGGACUCCGGCAUGCCUUAUGCUCCCUACACGAACGAGGAGGAUGCUACAGAUGCGGUGGGGACAUACCAGCAGCCCCCUCCAGCAGAUGCUUUUGACACCGAGACACAGGGGUACCAAACGCAGAACUACUGAGCCACCGAUGCCCCUUUCCCUUCCCCCUUCCCUUCUGCCCCUGCUCCCACUGCCGGCAGAAAGCCGAGGCACAAACAAGACACGUGCAUAGUGGUACAAGAGGUGGCUCUCAGCUAUGCUCCAGCCUUCUGGGUCAUCUGUUUUUAUUUAUUGUUUUUAAAAAAGGCAAAAAAAAAAAAAGGAAAAAAGGUCCUAUCACCUAUUCCUUCUCCUCUCCCACCAAGCUACCUGCCAGAAUCAAUUUUUUCCAAAAUCUGCAUUUUGAUAGGAAGGUCCCUCCUUUCCUCCUCUCCCUCCUGUCUUGUUACAGAGGGCAGAGUCUGUCUUGUGGACAGGAGAGGAGCUAUGGCACUGGCAGGGCAGGGGAAAGGGUGUUGGAGGCAGAACAGAAGAAAUGAGAGGAACUGGGGACCUUCCUAGAAGAGAUGGUAUCACUAAAGGUUGGAGUAGAUGUGGGAGCAUCCAAACUGGUCUGGAGCACCUCGUGGCUCAGGGAGGAGAAUGGUGUUGGAGUCAGCAUUGAAGAGUGUGAGGAGGGGCUUGGAGGACAGAAGGAUCAAUGUCCUCCAUGUAAAGAUGGGGGCUUUUCCCUGCCACAUGCUAGUGAGGGAGGGGUGCUUUAUUUUUAGAGGGUUUGGGAGAAGUGGUAUUGGGGAGGGGGAGGAGCACAAGGAGAGAAAAUGGGAAGGGAAAACAGAAGAUUUGCAGGUACAAUCAGAAAUCACAGGCACGUCUGUAGGUUACAGCAAGAGAUUGAGCGGAGUGGAGGGGUAGUGCUCUGAGAUUCACUCCUUCCUCAGCCCCCAUGGAUUGAGGUGGAGGUGAUUUCCUCUCACCUGUACAUCCUGCUAGUCACUGCUUUUCCCAGACCAGUGUUUGAUGAGGCAGGAGGGGAGCCAUACACAGUCUCUGGGCCCAGAUCCAGUGCCUGUGGAGGCAGGAUGGAGGAGGUGGGCUUCUAGAGGGCCCUGAGAGCCUUCAACUCCAGCUGGGCUGGUUCAAGGGGGAAAGGGCAGCUUUGUCAUUUCACCCAGGGCAGGAGGAGGAGAAAGAUAGUUUUGCUCCUCAGGUCCUGCUGAACCUUCCUCUAUGCCUCUGUUCCUUUAAAAUAGUACAAAGCCUCUUGCUGACACCAUCUGUGUAGAACACAGGAAUGGAGCAGGACCCCACUUAGAAAGAAGUACUGCUGCUGGGAUGGCCAGCAGGUGUCUGGCUCUUGCAGAGGGGUGCAGGGAAGGAUGCAAGCUGGGAAGGGUCCUACCCUGUACGGCUGCACUUUGCCUCCCACUCAGAUAGGGAGGAGGUCUUGGUGUGCAGAGAAUUGAUUUGGGCCAGACUGAGUUGUCUGAAAACUGGACUUUCUGUACUUGCCAUAGACCAUACCUUAGUGCUCUUCUGCAACAUCUCAGAUCCUGGCUGACUUAAAAGCCUCGACUAGGUGGCAGCAGUGACUCUUAGAUAGAGCUUGUAUGGGCGUCAUUCCACACUCCUCAUGAUUUUGCUCCAAGUAAAGACACAACUGUGUAAGCCCACUCUCUGUUUCAAGUUAGAAGUUAGGUCUGUGUGUGAAGACAGAUUCCCAGAUUUCCC